CUCAACACAACCAAGACUGUCGAUGGGAAAUCCACCUUCCUGCACAUUCUUGCCAAAUCACUUAGCCAACACUUCCCAGAGCUUCUGGGAUUUGCCAAGGACCUUCCUACAGUGCCGCUCGCUGCCAAAGUGAACCAGAGAACAUUAACAGCAGACCUUAACGACCUUCACGCCACCGUCAGUGACAUACAGAUGGCCUGUCGCAACAUGCCCGCCACCGCGGAGGACAGAUUCGCAAUCGUCAUGACUUCCUUUCUGGAGAGCGCCCAGCCGGCCAUGCGGUCUCUGGACGACCUGCAGCACAAGGCCAUGGAGGACUUCAGCAAGGUGCUCUCCUUCUUUGGGGAAGACUCCAAAGUGACAACUUCGGAAGCUUUCUUCGGCAUUUUUGCAGAAUUCAUGAGCAAGUUUGAG